GUGACAUUGAUUGCUGCGUUGUCACUGUGAUUUACUUAACUUUGCUGUUAUUGUUGUAUGAAAGCGAUUACUUUUCUUGUAUCGCCAAGCGAAUUGGCCACUCAGUCAGUUAAGUGAAGUUGAAGCUUGUUGGUGUUGCCACCAAAAAUCACAUGAGAUUUAUAAGAAAGUGGUGAAAGUAAUUGCAUAACUUACAGUUAUCUGCUAAAUACCUAUCAAAAUAUUUACAUAUACUUUGAAGUGACUUUCGAGACAAUUAAAGGUUUGAUACAAGUAUAGUGCUUUUACCAACGAAAUCGAAAAUACAUAAAAGCUUACAGCAACCAAAAUGUUCACCAAGGUUGCAUUCUCCUUGCGGCAUUUGUUUGCAUUAGCUCUGCUCAUAUUCAUCGUGGCGCCAGCCGCGCCAGCUAAAAUACCGUUAGCUGCCAAUGCCGGGUGUAGCGUGGCGCGCGAGGCUUCACUGCGAGGACAGGCCGUCAUUGAUACGGUGCCCGUGGCAGAACGCGCUGCAUUCAUUCGCUACAAUUUGGCUAAAGCAAUGCGCCGUUUAAAUUCUACAACUUACAAUGCCACAGGCCGCAGUAUCGAACCACGUCUAUUUUUGGAACCAAAUGCUUUGCUGAGUCCUACACAAUUGCUGGAAUUCGAGAACAUUCCCACCUAUCCGCAAUUUGGCGAAGAUCUAUUCUACUGGAUGCGCGAUCGUCUACAAGUGGCUGAGGAUAACUUAUACACGCUACUAAAUUCUCGUUCUACAAGCAUAUUAUGGUGCACGGCUUCUGGUAUUUGUUAUUACGAACCAGAUUUGGGUGGGCUAUGUUGCCCUUUUUGAGAAGCAUCUAUAAAACGUGGAGGCAAAACGAAAAUUAUGUUGAAUUUGAAACCACAAAUUCACAAAUGUGUAUAAGAAAAUUGUAAAAGUAACACUAAAGAUAUCAAAAACUCUUUUCAUUGUAAAACGAUGACUAAUUAAAACUAUAAUAAAAAAAAUGGCAAGUAGCAGUCUGGCAACGCCCUGAUUAUAUAUUCCUACUACUUUUACCAUGAAAAUUA